CCGUCUUAGCCCCGCCCCGCGCGGACGUUGGUGAGCUGCAGCAGGACACAUUUCAGCACCUGGGAGCUGUCCGCUGCGCACGAGCCUGCUCGCGACUGAAGGUGAGGAUGGCCAAAGUGAAGCAGGUGGGUCUGCUAGCAGCGGGCUGUCAGCCCUGGAAUAAAGACGUGUGUGCAGCGAGUGGAGACCGCUUCGCCUACUGCGCUACUUUGGCCAUAUACAUCUACCAGUUGGACCAGCAGUACAAUGAAUUCAAGUUGAGGUCCAUCAUGUCAGAGCACAAGAAGACCAUCACAGCCAUCAGCUGGUGUCCUGACAACCUGGAUCUGUUUGCGUCUGCCUCUGCAGAUAACCUGCUCAUCAUCUGGAACGUAGCAGAAAAAAAGGCCGUAGCCAGACUGGACAACACUAAAGGCGUCCCCGUGUCCGUCAGCUGGUGCUGGAACUCAGCUGAUGGAGUGGCGUUCGUCUCCCAACGUGGUCCCCUUUACAUCUGGGUCUAUCGAGGUCCUGACCCGGGCAUCACCGUGCAUAAAGAAGCCCACUCCUUCCUCUCUGAUAUCUGUCUCUUCAGGUGGCAUCCCACUAAGAAGGGCAAGCUGGUGUUUGGACACACGGAUGGGAGUUUGUCUGUUUUUCAGCCAGGAAGUAAAAGCCAGAAGCACGUGUUGCGUCCGGAGUCUCUAGAAGGGACGGAUGAGGAGGAUCCAGUCAGCGCUCUGGAGUGGGACCCUUUGUCCACUGACUAUAUACUAGUGUCUAACCUCCAUAACGGGAUCCGGCUGGUAGACAGCGAGGCCUUGGUUUGCAUCACGUCCUUCUGCUUCCCCUCAGCUGCUGCAUCAGUUCAGUGCCUGGCCUGGGUCCCAUCUGCACCGGGCAUGUUCAUCACUGGAGACUCGCAGGUCGGCGUGUUGAGAGUUUGGAACGUGUCUCGCUCCACCCCUCUGGACAGCUUUAAGCUGAAAAAGACUGGAUUUCAUGCUCUGCAUGUCCUAAACUCUCCUCUUGCAAAGAAAGCCCAGAGCUCCAGUUCUCCCAGUAAAAAUCAACACACCAGCUCCACUAGUGAGGCGGUUCCUCCUCCAACCCUGUCUCAGAACCGGUCCUUCUCUCUGCCCCCUGGUCAUGCGGUCUGCUGCUUCAUGGAUGGAGGUGUUGGACUCUAUGACAUGGGUGCCAAGAAGUGGGACUUCCUACGAGACCUGGGUCAUGUAGAAACUAUCUUCGACUGCAAGUUUAAACCAGAUGAUCCAAACCUGUUAGCUACGGCUAGUUUCGAUGGAACCAUCAAAAUCUGGGACACAAACACAUUAACAGCUGUUUAUACGUCUCCUGGCAACGAGGGAGUUGUCUACUCCCUGUCCUGGGCUCCAGGAGACCUGAACUGUAUCGCAGGAGCGACGUCUCGUAAUGGAGCGUUCAUCUGGGACGUGAGGAAAGGAAAAAUCAUCACUCGCUUUAAUGAGCAUGGUAAGAACGGUAUCUUCUGUAUAUCGUGGAGCCAUAAAGACUCAAAGAGGAUCGCUACCUGCAGCGGAGACGGGUUCUGCAUCAUCCGAACCAUCGAUGGUAAAAUCCUGCAUAAAUAUAAACAUCCUGCUGCAGUGUUUGGCUGCGACUGGAGUCAGAACAACAAGGACAUGAUAGCAACAGGCUGCGAGGAUAAGAACGUCCGUGUCUACUACCUGGCCACCAGCUCAGACCAGCCGCUCAAGGUCUUCACCGGACACCUGGCCAAGGUUUUCCAUGUUCGGUGGUCUCCGCUCAGAGAAGGAAUACUUUGCUCUGGCUCAGAUGAUGGCACGGUUCGUAUUUGGGAUUACACUCAGGACGCAUGCAUCAACGUGCUGAGUGGACACACUGCUCCGGUCAGAGGCCUGAUGUGGAACACUGAGGUUCCUUACCUCCUCAUCUCAGGUUCUUGGGAUUAUACCAUCAGAGUGUGGGACACCAGGGACGGCACAUGUUUGGAUACAGUCUAUGACCAUGGAGCUGAUGUCUAUGGUUUGACGUGCCAUCAGAACCGUCCCUUCACCAUGGCCAGCUGCAGCAGAGACAGCACCGUGAGGCUGUGGUCCCUCACCCCCCUCAUCUCUCCUCUGCUGCUCAACGUCCUCAGCGAGCAGCCGUGGGAGAAGAUCAUCGGAAACACAGACACGGCGAUGGUUCCUGGCUCGCCGCCGCUGCUCUGCGGGAAGGUUUCCAGAGACAUCAAGCAGGAGCUGGACAAGCUGAGUGGAGACGUCCGGGCCAAGAAGCUGCGCUGGUUCUCUGAGUGCUUCUCGCCUCCAGGGGGCAGCAGCAACCUGUGGGACCUGGUCUCCGUCAUCAGCGGCCAGGACGACUCGCUGCUGCCGGCCAGCUACAGCAAAGGAGUGAUGCACAUGAAACACCUGCUCAAGUUUAAAACCUCUGAAGCUCAGGAGCUGACCAUUGUAAAGAUGUCUAAAUUUGGAGGAGGCAUCGGAGCUCCAAGCAAAGAGGAGAGGCUGAAAGAAGCAGCAGAUAUCCACCUGAGACUGGGACAGAUCCAGAGAUACUGUGAGCUGAUGGUGGAGCUGGGACAGUGGGAGAAAGCUUUAUCUGUGGCACCAGGAGUCUCCAUGAAGUACUGGAAGAAACUCAUGCAGAGGCGAGCCGACCAGCUGAUGGCGGAGGACAAUGAUGACGCCAUCCCGUACUGCAUCGCCACUGGAGACGUUAAAAAGCUGGUGACCUUCUUCAGUGGCAGAGGGCAGCUCCUGGAGGCCUUGUUGAUUGCACAGGGAGCAUGUGAAGGGAACAUCCGACCGCCACAAAGUUCUUCAGUCAACCACACAACUAAUGACGUGGACAACAGACAGCAGUACCAGAGCCUCCUCCAUAAGGUCUGUAAGGAACUGGCUGAGUGGUACUUCCAGGACGGAUGCUCUGUCCUGGCUGCUUGCUGCCACCUGGCCGUGGACAACAUCCAGUUAGCCCUGUCCAGUCUGAUCCGAGGGAAUGAGCUGGAACUGGCGGCAUGUGUGGGACUGGUCCUCGGAGAGGCAGCCAAUCAGAGCACAGCUUACUGCCUCGAGCUGCUGGCUAGGAAGUACAUGACCACCGCUACAUGGGAGCUUUCAGCUGACCUGCUGCAGAUGAUUCCUGACAACCACCUCCUGCUGGUGAAGCUGUGUGCAUUUUACCCAGGAACUGCUGCAGAGAUCAACCAGCUUCAUCAGAGGUGCGGCCUCCCCUCGCUGGAGGAGUGUAAAGACUUGGCCGAAGCAGCCGUGAGUGAUGGAGACUUGUUUUCUGCUGUUAAAUUCCACCUGCUGAGCGCCGAGCCGGAAAACGCUCUGCAGAUGGGGAUAAAUCACGUUAAAGAACAGCUGUCUGGAUCUGAUUGGACGGUGGACAGCGUCCACCCGAUCCUGGAUCUGAUGAGCUACAUCCGGACGGAGCGCCUCGUCCUGGCCAAGCUGACUGAAGCACGCAGUGAGCUGCUGAUCCUGUGUGGUUAUAUCGGAGGACUGUUGGCUAUCAGAAGGAACUACUCCAGCAUCGUACCUGCGCUCUAUGAAUACACCAGUCAGCUGUUGAAGAGGAGGGAGGUGUGUGUUCCGCCGAAGAUCGAGCAGUUGUCUCUAGAGCUGGACACCUGGAGGUCCUGCACACAAACCAACAGCAUAACUCCAUCAGAGGGUCAGAGAGAGGAGUUCAGCUGCCUCCAGAGGAGAAUCCAGCCGCCCGACCCAGCAGCGUUAGUCCUGUGUGGCGCCGACUACGUGACGGGCUCCAACCUGCCGAGCCACUCGGACCUCCAGCUGUCCUGUUUCACCGGACACAGAAUACAGGGUCCAGUGUUUUUGUUGGAGGACAAUAAAUCAGCAAUUUCCCUCAACGAUGCUCUGAUGUGGGCCAAAGUCAACCCGUUCUCUCCGCUGGGAACCGGACUCCGUAUCAACCCUUUCUAACACAAAGAGGAGGGGGAAAUUACAACCAAAACUCAGAAAUGAGACAGGAAAAUUCAAAUUUAAAAGAAAAAGCAGCGACUCUUACAUUUAUUCCCACGUCAGUUUAAUUCCAGACAAUAUGAGCUCAACUUCAUUUGAGAAAAAUUAUUGGUGCAGUUUAACAAGUUUAGAAAUGAACAAAACGUUUAUUUCAAACAGGAAAUGAAAUCCUUGUUUGGUCCAGAAUCAACAUCCAUGAAAGUCUCUGAGGAUCGAAGAUGUUCAGAGGAGGAAUGGGAACGUUAUAAAGCAGGAAAAGAUUCCCAUCCAUCCAUCCAUUUUCUACCGCUUAUCCAGAGUUGGGUCGUGGGGGCAGCU